UAGGUAACUUUCAUUUCCUUAGAUUGGCUGUGCGUAAAGCGAAGUGCAUGUGACAGGUGAUGUCAUGCUCGUAGACUGUCAGUUGUUUAAAAGAUUUUAGAGAUGGCUGGAAUUAAAGGUGAAUAUUGUUUUGUAUUUAUGAAUGUUGAAGGAGGAUAUUUUGCAAUAAAGGAAUCUGGAUAUGUGAUAAUUGCUAGUUUAUUCUAGUUUUGCUGAAUGUAAAGAACGUGAAAGUGUCGAUUUCUCUUCCUUUGAUCUGUGUUAAGUAAAGAGAUGCUUGACAGUUCACUUUCGAGAGUAUGCACUAAAUUAAUUUAGAAAUGACGAGAAUAACAUGUCAAAUUUACAGACUGGUCACCCUUGCCUUUGCUGGCUCAAUUGGAAUGACUUUGGUGAUACUGGGGUGUGCAUUACCACAGUAUAAAAUAUGGUGGCCUUUCUUUGUUGUAUUGUUCUAUAUUUUGUCUCCCUUGCCAACGCUAAUUGCCAGACGUUACAAUGAAAACGUCGGUUCCAAUGGAACUGGACCUUAUGAAUUGGCUAUAUUCAUUACAAUGGGCUUUGUUGUAUCUUCGUUUGGAUUGCCUAUCAUCCUUGCACGAUCUAACGUGGUUGAAUGGGGUGCUUGUUACUUGACCUUGGCUGGUAAUGUGGUGGUUUAUGCAACUCUGGUUGGUUUCUUCCUGACGUUUGAUACGGACGAUGCUGAUUACAGUAUGUGGUGAUCAAGUUAAGUGAUUUCGUACUGAACAAGAUCUUACAAUGCAAACUCCAUAAUGUGAACAUGGGACUACUUGUCCUUCUGACACAUUGGAAUAUAUAGCUUUCUGUGAAAAGCUCCAGAAGAAUGGUGAUGUUUUUGUUUGUUGAAGAAAAUUUGAACAGUUCUGAGAAGACUGUAUAUUAAGUGUGAUUGCUCUUUUUGAGAUGUAUGUGAAUUUUCUUUCCCUUUUGAAUACUCGUUAUUGUAUAUUUAAUAUAUAGUUUAAUUUGUAUCUACUUUUUUCUCUGUGCCAGUUAGUCUUGGCUACUUCAUAUUAGCUGCAAUGUUGCAUCUAAGUGAUAACGUUUGUGAAUAUGUAAGAUUCUUUAAGAAAGAGCAUUGAUGAUCUAAGAAACAAAAGUGUGGUAGUUUACAAUUGAAGUUACUUUAAAAAAUGAUGCAGGACAUUAAUUGAAUUGUAAAUCAAUUAAUACAUUUUUAAUUUUAGUGAUGUGUUGUAGUAAACAUCAGUCUUACAUGGUCUGGUAGUCAGUUGUCAGUUAUUUGGCUACAUUGAAAUGUAUUACGAAGAGAUUUUGGCAACUUUAAAAGGUAAUUUUAGAAAAUACAAGGAAGUAUUGAAUGAACAUAUAUAAUUGUAUGUUCCUGUCAAUUAUGCAUGAAAUAAUAUUACAAAUAAUACCUAAAAGUUCUUUAAUAAGAAGAGUUAAUUUUCAAGAAAUAAUGUAUGCUUCUUACUGAUUAAAACUUGUAAAAGCAUUGGAGCAGAAGUUAAGAAAACUUAUUUAUUAAUUUCAAACAAGGUGAUUAGGCUUCAGUCAACCUUGUGUAUUUAUAAUAUUCUUUAAGGAUGUAGAACUGCUUUUUGUGUAGAUGUGUCAAUUGAAUGAAAGAUCGUCACAUUGUACAGUGGGUACAUGCAGUUGCUAAUUCUUUGUUGUGACUUAAUAGAACAGUUUUGUCAUUUACUUUUUAAAAUUCUUUGUGGAGUUCUUUGAUACAUCGCAAAGAAUUCUUGUAUCAUGUAAUACUGUAUUUCUUUUUUUUUUCUUUUUUUUUUUGUGAUAAAACAUUUCUCAUGAAUAAAAUAUAAGUCUUUGUAUUUAGUUUUAUUAAUUUAAACUGGGUUGUUUGCUUUGAGAGUGAAAGAUGAUAGGUCUUCAGGAAAUUUGAAUGCUGAUUAUUGUACCAAUGGUUAAUUUUGAUAAUUCUAAUGUGUAUGUUAUCUCCCUUGCUAAUGGUUAAUUUUGAUAAUUCUAAUGUGUUUGUUAUCUCCUUUGCCAUAAUGGUCUGAUCCCAUGGUAUUCAUGGGAUCCAUGAAAAACAUGAACUAGCAAUCAAAUGGUUUUAAUGGGCCUGAAAAACCCGGAAGUGGCAAGAAAAAAUUAAAAAUGACAGAUUCAGGGAAAAGUCAAUGAAUUUUAUGUAAGUAUCUGGAAUUUCAUUUUGUCCAAUAAAAAGUUUUUAUGUGCUUAAUGAAUAA